GUGGGGUGGAAGGGCGUGGUGGGGGCGGGUAAGAAGCCCCCAGCAGUGCCUGGCCUCCUGCCCUGGCGCAGCCUGCCUGUGGCACAGCAGGCAAAGCGCGGGAGGCUGAGCUGGAAUUUUCUGAUCCAAGAGCUGAAGAUGUGACGCCACCGAGCUUAGAUUACCAUAUUUCUGGUUCCCAAAAGAGGACGUUUGGGGGUACUGGAGGUGGUACUGCGAUGGGGGUACUCACUGGAGGCUGAACAUCGAUGGGCUGCUGGUGUAUUUCCCCUAUGACUACAUUUACCCGGAGCAGUACUCAUAUAUGCUGGAGCUCAAGAGAACGCUGGAUGCCAAGGGCCAUGGCGUGCUGGAAAUGCCCUCGGGGACUGGGAAGACUGUUUCCCUCCUGUCUCUCAUUGUGGCCUACCAGCGGGCCCAUCCGCUGGAGGUGACCAAGCUGAUCUACUGCUCCAGAACCGUGCCUGAGAUCGAGAAGGUCAUUGAGGAACUACGGAAGCUCCUGGAUUUCUAUGAGAAGCGGACAGGGGAGAAGCUCCCUUUCCUUGGCCUGGCUCUGAGCUCCAGGAAGAACCUCUGCAUCCACCCCGAGGUGAGCUCACUGCGGUUCGGGAAGGAGGUGGACGGCAAGUGUCUGAGCCUGACGGCGUCGUACGUGCGGGCGCAGCAGCAGUGGGACAGCGCCAUCCCCUCGUGCCGCUUCUUUGAGGAGUUCGAUGCCCAUGGGCGGCAGGUGCCCAUCCCCUUUGGUGUCUACAACCUGGAUGACCUCAAAGGGUACUGUCGGCAGAAGGGCUGGUGCCCCUACUUCCUCGCCCGCUACUCGAUCCUCCAUGCCAACAUUGUCGUGUACAGUUACCACUACCUCCUGGACCCCAAGAUCGCAGACCUGGUGUCCAAGGAGCUGGCCAAGAAAUCCGUCGUCGUAUUUGACGAAGCUCAUAACAUUGACAAUGUGUGCAUCGACUCCAUGGGGGUGAAUAUCACGCGCCGGACGCUGGAUCGCUGCCAGGCCAACGUGGCCACGCUGCAGGCUACCAUCCAGAAGAUUAAGGAGACGGAUGCCCAGAAACUGAAGGAGGAAUACAGGCGGCUGGUGGAGGGGCUGAGAGAGGCCAACAUUGCCCGGGAAACGGACAUCUACCUGGCCAAUCCAGUGUUGCCUGACCAGAUUCUCCAAGAGGCCGUGCCCGGGAACAUCCGGACAGCCGAGCACUUUGUGGGCUUCAUGAAGCGCUUCCUGGAGUACCUGAAGUCACGGCUGCGGGUCCAUCACAUGGUGCAGGAAAGCCCCCCCUCCUUCCUCAAGGACGUCUUCGAGAAGGUGUGCAUCGAGCGCAAGCCACUGCGGUUCUGUGCGGAGCGGCUGCGCUCCCUGCUCCGCACGCUGGAGAUCGUGGACAUUGCUGACUUCUCUCCCAUCACCCUCAUCGCCAACUUCGCCACGCUCGUCAGUACCUACGCCAAGGGCUUCACCAUCAUCAUAGAGCCCUUCGACGACAGGACCCCCACCAUCGCCAACCCCAUCCUGCAUUUCAGCUGCAUGGACGCCUCCAUCGCCAUCAAGCCGGUCUUUGAGAGGUUCCAGUCGGUCAUCAUCACCUCGGGGACGCUGUCCCCGCUGGACAUAUACCCCAAGAUCCUGGAUUUCCAUCCUGUUACCAUGGCCACCUUCACCAUGACUCUGGCCAGGACCUGUCUCUGCCCUAUGAUUGUGGGGCGAGGAAACGACCAGGUGGCCAUUAGCUCCAAGUUCGAGACCCGUGAGGACAUUGCUGUGAUCCGGAACUAUGGCAACCUGCUGCUGGAGAUGUCUGCGAUCGUGCCUGAUGGCAUUGUGGCCUUCUUCACCAGCUACCAGUACAUGGAAAACAUCGUGGCCUCGUGGUACGAGCAGGGCAUCCUGGAGAACAUCCAGCGCAACAAGCUCAUCUUCAUCGAGACGCAGGACGGGGCCGAGACCAGCAUGGCACUGGAAAAGUACCAGGAGGCCUGCGAGAAUGGGCGGGGAGCCAUCCUGCUGUCCGUGGCCAGGGGAAAGGUGUCCGAAGGCAUCGACUUCGUGCACCACUACGGGAGAGCUGUGAUCAUGUUCGGCGUACCCUAUGUCUACACCCAGAGCCGCAUCCUCAAGGCACGGCUGGAGUACCUGCGUGAUCAGUUCCAGAUUCGGGAGAACGACUUCCUGACAUUCGAUGCCAUGCGGCACGCAGCGCAGUGCGUGGGCCGGGCCAUCCGUGGCAAGACAGACUACGGGCUCAUGGUCUUUGCAGACAAGCGUUUUGCCCGGGCAGACAAGCGGGGGAAGCUGCCACGCUGGAUCCAGGAGCACAUCACGGAUGCCAACCUCAACCUCACAGUGGACGAGGCCGUGCAGGUGGCCAAGUACUUUCUGCGCCAGAUGGCCCAGCCCUUCCACAAGGAGGACCAGCUGGGCCUGUCCCUGCUCACUCUGGAGCAGCUGCAGUCGGAGGAGAUGCUCCGCAAGAUCACGCAGAUCGCGCACCAGGUGUGAGCCAGAGCGGCAGCUGUAGGGGACCUUGGCUCACCCAACAUGCUGGCAGAGGGCUGGCUCCAGCGGCAGACAGGUGCUGGCCCUGCGGCCAGGGCCUUGUUUGAUACUGGCUUUUAUACUGAAGGUGACUGUCUGGGACACAGCAAUAAAGAACAGGACAUA